AUCCUUAUCUAUUGCACCAAUGUAGCUCCGUAAAGUAUAUUUAACAUCGCUUUCAAUCUUCCAGAGUUGUGAAGUAAUGUUUCUUUUCUUUCUAAUUGUAGAGUCAUGUAAUAUUAUUACUUAUCUUUAGAAUCAAUCAACGAAUACGAAAUCAAUUUAUCUCAUAUUCGUCUCCAAGCAGAUAAAAAUCCUCAUUAUGGCUACAACUGCUACGAUACCUAUCAUCGACAUAUCGGCCGAUGGAGUAAACCAGGAACAAGUCGCCAAGGAGUUGGUAGACGCCGCCGUCGAAUAUGGUUUCGUUUAUAUCAAAAAUGCCGGUCGAGAAAUAUCAAUUAAACAAAUAGAGAACGCAUUCAAUGUGUCUCGUAUCUUAUUCAAAUCCCCACCCGAAGACAAGCAAAGAUGUAAGAUUGAAAAGAACAAUCAAGGCUGGUCCGGAAUGCACACCGAGACAUUGGACCCUAAAACGCAGCGAGUAGGCGAUUUUAAAGAGGGUUUCAAUUUCGGCCCCUUCGCGAAUGGCAAAGCCACCCAACCUAUUCCGCAAUCUAUAGAGCCUUACCAGGAGCAACUUUCCGCCUUCCGGGAGGCCUGUCAUGAACUCUGCCGAAAGCUACUCCUAUUAUUUGGUAUUGGUCUAGGCGUAAACCCUCCAUCAUUCUUCACAACCGCCCACUCCCCCACCGCACCCUCAGGCUCCAUCCUCCGCUUCCUCUACUACCCACCCCCAAGCAGCACCCCCGACGCCUCACCUGACGACGUGCGCGCCGGCGCACACUCGGACUACGGAUCAGUAACGCUCCUCUUCCGUCUACGCGGACAAGCCGGCCUCGAGAUCCUAAACCCCACCACCUCAACAUCAACCUCAGAAUCAUGGUCCCCAGUUCCCGUCUCUCCCCCAGGAACAUCCACCGACCCCUCUCCCCCAAUCCUCGUCAACAUCGGUGACUUAUUAUCUUACUGGACCGGCGGCCUCCUUCGCAGUACCGUGCACCGCGUAGCCUUUUCCCCUGAUCCUAACAUGAUAGCACCUGGUGAAACCGCCACAGAACCGCGGUACUCGGUGGUGUAUUUCUGUCACCCGGCGAACGACACUCCGCUUGCGCCUGUGCCGAGUGAGCGCGUGAAAGCAGCCGCAAUGGCUAAGAUUAACGGUGGUAGUAAUAGCAAUCCGUAUGCCGAACCUAAAGUCCUGACUGCGCUUGAGCAUCUGCAGAUGAGGUUGCGGGCUACGUAUCUGCAGAUGUACGGGGAUGAUGGGAAGGCAGAGAGGAAGUAAUGAUUUUGGAACUGAUUGAAAAGGGUAGGUAGAAAUAUUAGGGGCUCGGGUUAGGGUUGGGGUCGGGGUUGAAAGGUGUAAGUGUAACCCCAACGUGGAGGUCGUGGGGGGUACAUGUUACACGAGGGUUAGGAUCUCAAUGGUACGAUCUUACGAUAUAGUCAGAUUUAUGUAUACCGAAUAUAGUUUCAAAAAAUGAAUCGAGGUAUUAAUGCUCA